UGUGAAUAUACGUGACGCGCGUACUCCCUCCGGUCCUGCUAUUAUCCACUUCCGCCGCCACCGCCGCCCGUCGUCGCCGUCGUCGUCGGCGAGAUCCCCGUGGUUGAUGCGGCCGUGAACUCCCCCGAUGGCCGCGCAGCAAGAUGGUUCCGGCGGAGGAGGAUCAUCGGAAAACCUGGUAUUCCAAGCCCCGCAGGUAGCACGGGAGGAUUACAUACAGAACGCCGUCAAGUUCCUCGAGCAUCCAAAGGUGAAGGGCUCUCCGGUGUCCUACAGGUACUCUUUCCUGGAGAAGAAAGGCCUCACAAAGGAGGAGAUCGACGAGGCCUUCCGACGGGUUCCUGAUCCGCCGACAAACAGUACAGAUGCUGCGGCUGUCGGUUCGCAACAAGCAAGCAAUCCAAAUCAAUCUGCCAGGGUGCAGCCUUACGCACCCGUUCAGUCGCCACAAGCACCAACUGGCUCUGUCGCCACUGGUCAUAUCAUCCCACAAACGCAGACACAAUUUAGCUGGUAUCAUACACUCCUUGGUGCUGGUAUUUUCCUUGGAGUAGGUGCUAGUUCAGUUCUCAUCAUCAAGAAAUUGUUCCUGCCUAGGCUAAAAUCUUGGACCCGUAGAGUCGUUUCAGAAGGAGAUGAAAAUGCGGACAACGAACUGAAAUCCAAGCUUUAUGAUGAAAUUAAAGAUGCUAUGGAAGCUUCCUCAUCAGCCUUUUCUGCUAUUGCUAAAACAAACCAAGAAUUGCUGGCUUCAAAGGACGAAGAUAAGAAGAUACUUGUGAAGUUAACAGAAGCCUUGGAUUCUCAGGCAGAAGUUUUGAAAUCCUUGAGCGAGACCUUACAUCAUACAAGGGAGAAUCGAUUUUCGCCGUACAAUAUGUUGGAAGAGCAUGCUCAACCUGGACCAUGGAAUGGGCCAACUACUAAUUCAUGGAGAGCUUCCCAGCAAACCAAUAUGUACACGACGACGCCAAAUGGUGAUUUUGACUCAGGGAGGCAAUCGUUCAUGCCAUUACCCGCAGAACCUACAUCUGGAUCAUUUCCAAGAUCUUAUGUUGACCCGCGGGUCCCUAGGUCUGGGUACGGGUUCCAGCCGCAGAUGGGCUAUGACAGAUCGAACCCUGGCACUCGGGAGGGCUACUACGGUUCUCCUCCGUACUAUCCUGGGGGCAGCAACACCGUUGAUGCUCCAGCACCGGCACCAGCUCCGGUAGCAGCACCAGCACCGGCACCAGCUCCGGUAGCAGCACCAGCACCAGCACCGGCAGCGACACCAGUUGCACAGGAAAGUCCAUUCCAGCGCCACUGGGUUCCCCCACAGCCACCGGGCGUCGCCAUGCCAGAGGCGGCGGCUGCCAUUCGGCAGCCAAGGUCCCUUCCAAGACAAGAGCCACAGCCAGCAGCAGACUCAGCCGACGCUACGAGACUGGCAGACUCUGCCAUGAAUGAGCAGAUGGACGGUGUAUCAUCCGCUGUCACCAGUGACGAGUCGCGUAGUAGCAGCGCUGCCAUGGGUACCAUGGCUGGUGCGGCCAAUGGUGAGAAUGGAGAAGGGCCUGGAGCCGCCUGAUUUUGACGAGAGCAAUUCAUAUGAUUUUCCGUUGUAUGCGGUUCACAUAUCUAAUUAUCUAUGCAUUGUUAAUUAGGUAUUGGAAACUGUAUAUGAUGGUUGUAAUUAGCAGCACGUGUAUAAGAAAAAAUGGGUUAGAUAUCUGUGUGGUUCACUUGACGGUACCAUGUAUACGGAGUUACUUAUAUUUUCUACCUGUAUGUAAAAUUCCAAAUCGACAGCAUACCGAAAACAUGUUGAAAGAGCA